UCCUGGGGGUGACUGGCUGUAUUACAGCGGAAACCUGGGAACUGAGCGCGGGUCGGGCUGGAACCACAUUUCCUUAAAAAUGUGUUUUCAUAAUUUAAAAGUAGUUUUCUGACUUCGCACAAACAGUCUGAAAAGCUGAGUAAGUUGUUGCCAGAAAGAAGCGCAAAGGAAUGCCCGGAAAGGAAAACAGCCGGUUAUACCAAGAGUUCGAUGAUGAUGAGGAAGAUGAAGGUAACACACAGUCUCAAGACUCUGUUGAUGAAACCAAUGAAGACCUGGAGAGCGAGGAGCCCAACGGCAGCACCUUACCAGAGGAUGACAUCAGGGAGCAGAGUCCACCGAUGAGAUUCAGCAAAACCUGCGUGAAAAACGUCUUCACAGUGGUGCUCAUCUUCAUCUACCUGCUGCUGACUGCGGUGGCCGUCUUCCUGGCCUACCAGACCAUCAGUGACUUUUUGCAGAAACUUCGUCAACCCGUUAUGUCUGUCACCUACAAAGAAGUGGACUCAUUUUCUCCUCCUGGUAUCGCUCUGUAUCCUGGCGACGCUCAGCUGCUGAGCUGCAAACAUCACUACCACAACUACAUCCCACCUCUAGUGGACCCUGGAAAGCCUCAGGAAGGGGACUGUGAGAUUAUGCAAGUUACAUACUUUGGGCCAUUCACAAAUCAGACAGAGAAACGAGCUUUGGUGGUCCGUGGCCCGUCUGACGUUAGAAACAAAGAGUUGAUCUUCAUGCAGUUCAGUCAGAAUGAAACCCAGGAAGAUUUCAGUGCCAUCACUUACAUGCUUUUUGCUAAGUUUAGUGACUUGAUUAACAGUGUAAACAGAUCAGAGUUUAUGAGGGACUGUGAGAGAAAUUACUCUAUGUGGACCUUCUCUGGUGGAUUCAGAACCUGGGUCAAAAUGUCUUUGGUGAAGACGUCUGGGAAAAGUGAUGAAGCUGUUGAGUUUCGGCAAGAGUCAGCUGUGGUGAAAUUCAAUGAUAAGAGGCCUGAACCAGAACAAACCAACCAGCUCUUUUUUGCUGUGUUUGAAUGGCGGGAUCCGUUCAUACAGGAAAUUAGACUGAUAGUGACUGCAAAUCCCUGGAGCUCCAUAGCCAUCCUCUGUGGUGUUUUCAUGGCUCUCUUCAAAGCUGCCAAUUUUGCUAAACUCACUAUAACAUGGAUUAUUAAGAUGCGUAAGAGGCAUCUGAAAAAUAAAGAAAGGGAACUGAACCAAAUAAAUUAAAAUACUAGCUUAAAAAAAGAAAGAAAGUGGCACAACCCAACAGAAUCUAACGAUCCAAACUGACCGAUCAUAGUUUUGUUUUUACUCUAAUAUAUUUUUUUAGGUCACGACUUGCACUGUUUUUCUAUUACUAAUGAGAAUGAUUGAUAGUAUUUAUUAAAAUGUAAAACUUGAUAGAUGGUUUUGCCUCCAUUAACACAAAGUGGUCCUCGGAUCGAAUAUAAGUUUAAAUCCUGUUAUUGUGUUUAUAUGUUUUUUUAAAUUCAGAGACAGAUUAUGAGUAAAAUCAACAAAUGCUGUGGCUGCUAUGACUGUAUAGUCCACCACCUCUAAUCUCAGACCAAAAUGUGACAUGGGCAGGGACAGAUUCCUUGGUAUAAAACGUUGUAAUUUUGAGGAACAUGGGAACAUAAUAACAGCUGGAGUGGGACUUAAGGUGUAUACAGCAUUUCAAAAGUUACAGGAAUAUUUUUCCAAAAGAAUUCAUAGUGUGUUGCAACCACACAAAAAUGUUGCUGAAUUAUUAAAUACUUUAAAAGUUUUUCAAAAAUGACAUCUCGCAAAGCAAAAAGAUGAUCAUGUUUUUACAGUUACUGUUUAUUUUUGAUGUGUAUAAAUUUUGUUCUGUCAGUCCUGUUUUCCUGAUUCAAACAUAAUGUCUUCUAAAUAAAUUGUAAGCAUUGAUGAGGCCGUUAAAAUGAACUUAAAUUGUGAAUUUAUUGUUUAUUUUAUUAUGUUUAUGAUUUAAGAAAUUUAGGAAAGUAAAGAUAGUAUUAUGCCUGA